GGGCUGCCGGGCUGGGCCCAGAGCGGGGCAUUCGGAGGAGCUGCAGAAUCAAUCAUCCGAGAACCUUGGAGGGUGGAAGGUGCCCCUUUUCCAGAUGAGAAAACUGAGGCUCGCAGGGGAGAAGCAGCUGCCUCUGGCGGCGUGGCUUCUGGCUGCAGGAUGCUCGUGGAGUUGGUGGUGACCCUAGGCCUGUGUCUCCAUCUCCUUUGCUGAACUGGAACAGGAAGAUGGCAGUGGGGGUCAGUGGUCUAGAAGGAGAUAAGAUGGCUGGUGCCAUGCCUCUGCAACUCCUCCUGCUGCUUAUCCUACUGGGUCCUGGCAGCAGCUUGCAGCUGUGGGACACCUGGGCAGAUGAAGCCGAGAAAGCCUUGGGUCCCCUGCUUGCCCGGAACCGGAGACAGGCCACUGAAUAUGAGUACCCGGAUUAUGAUUUCCUGCCAGAAACGGAGCCUCCAGAAAUACUGAGCAACAUCACCAACACCACUCCUCUGACUGGGCCUGGAACCCCUGAGUCUACCACAGUGGGGCCUGCUGCAAGGCAUUCUACUGGCCUGGAUACAGGAGGGUCAGUCACAGAGCUGACCACGGAGCUGGCCAACAUGGGGACCCUGUCCAUGGAUUCAGCAGCUAUGGAGGUACAGACCACUCACCCAGCAGCCACAGAAGCACAGACCACUCAACCAGUGGCCACGGAGGCACAGACCACUCCACUGGCAGCCACAGAGGCACCGACAACUCAACUGGUGGCCACAGAGGCACAGACCACUCCACUGGCAGCCACAGAGGCACAGACCACUCCACCAGCAGCCACGGAGGCAGAGAGUGCUCCACCGGCAGCCACAGAGGUACAGACCACUCAACCCAUAGCCACAGAGGCACAGACCACUCAACCCAUAGCCACAGAGGCACAGACCACUGCACCAGCAGCCACAGAGGCACACACCACUCCUCCGGCAACCACAGAGGCACAGACCACUCAACCCAUAGCCACAGAGGCACAGACCACUCCACUGGCAGCCACAGAGGCCCUGUCCACAGAAUCCAAUGCCAUGGAGGCCCUGUCCAUAGAACCCAAUGCCACAGAGGCCCUGUCCAUGGAACCUACUACCAAAAGGGGUCUGUUCAUACCCUUUUCUGUGUCCUCUGUUACUCACAAGGGCAUUCCCAUGGCAGCCAGCAAUUUGUCCAUCAACCACCCAGUGGGGUCCCCAGACCACAUCUCUGUGAAGCAGUGCCUGCUGGCCAUCCUAAUCUUGGCGCUGGUGGCCACUAUCUUCCUCGUGUGCACUGUGGUGCUGGCAGUCCGCCUCUCCCGCAAGGGCCACAUGUACCCCGUGCGUAAUUACUCCCCCACCGAGAUGGUCUGCAUCUCGUCCCUGUUGCCUGAUGGGGGUGAGGGGUCCUCCGCCACAGCCAAUGGGGGCCUGCCCAAGGCCAAGAGCCAGGGCCUGACGCCAGAGCCCGGGGAGGACCGUGACGGGGAUGACCUCACCCUGCACAGCUUCCUCCCUUAGCUCCCUCUGCCAUCUGUUUUGGCAAUACUCCAGCCUCCACGGUCCCUCCUGGGUCUCCCCUGAGUGCCCAGACCUCAUUCCACAGCUCUGGGCUUCCUUGGAGACCCCUGGGGAUGGGGGAUCUUCAGGGAAGGAAUCCUGGCCACCCAAACAGGACAAAAGCAGCCUGGGGCCAAGCAGACUGGCAAGUGGAGCCACCUCUUUCCUCCCUCCUCGAAUGAAGCCCAGUCACAUUCCAGCCACAUUUCAGCCAAGGUCCAGGGAAGGAGGCCAUUUACUUGAGAGAGAUUCUCUCCUUUUUCCUGACCCCCAUCUUAUCUGGGUCCCUCUAACGUCUCCCAUGGCUCUCCCUGCUUCUCCUGGUCACUGGAGUCUCCUCCCCACCUACCCAAGGAAGACAGAGUUCCCCCACCCCACAUGCACCGCCAUUGUCUUCUGGUUGCCAUGGUCACCAAACAGGAAGUGGACAUUCUAAAGGAGGAGUACUGAAGAGUGACAGACUCCUGAGGCUGUUUCCUGCUACUCCUCUGACUUGGGGCAGCUUGGGACUUCUUGGGCACCUUUCUGGGAAAACCCAGGGUGAGGCUCAGCCUGUGAGGGCUGGGAUGGGUUUCGUGGGCCCAAGGGCAGACCUUUCUUUGGGACUGUGUGGACCAAGAAGCUUCCCUCUAGAGACAAGUAACCCCCCAGCCGUCCUCUCUUGCCUUCCCCUGUGGCCACUUUCCAGGGUGGACUCUGGUUCACUGCAGUAUCCCAACUGCAGGCACACUGCUGGCAAUAAAUGUGUGAUGGACAAACCAUA